CCUGUACGGGUGUUUAACUCUAUCCAAAUAAGGCCUGCUGCCUGAAAGGAAAGAGUCCCACUAUUUCUCUCUUUCUGACCGGGAAAAAAAAUAAUCGUCGUCUCUUCCACUGACCACUGCUCCGCUAUCUCACCGGAGUUCUCGUCUCUCAUCCAUCUCUCAGCCGUGUUCCGUGACGAGCUGAGUCUUCACGCCACCGCCUCCGGUUCGCUGCAAGGUUUAUUGAUGCUGAGCGGGUGAAUUCUACCCUUGUUGCUACUUGCGUUGAACAGUGAUUUUUGCAAUCGAUGACUGUUGUUUUGCUGCUUGUUUGAAGGAAGCGGAUACGAUGAAUGGAGACACCAAGAAAGAAUCUUCCUUGGUGAAGAUAAAAGUAUUGUUUUUUGCAAGAGCACGAGACAUUACUGGCUUGAGUGAGAUGCUACUUGAGGUUUCAUCUGGAAGCACCACUCAAGACUGUUUGAAGAAACUUCUUGUAGUGUUUCCGAGCUUGGAAGAGAUUCAAGGGUGCAUGGUUUUGGCGCUGAACGAGGAGUAUGCAGCAGACACAACAGUUGUUCAAGACAAAGAUGAGUUGGCCAUAAUACCUCCAAUUAGUGGUGGUUGAGGUGAAACAAACAUCUUUAUUUGUUGCAGCAGGGUAUUUUUUCUACUCUUAAAAACAUAAUUUCAAUAUUAAUAAAUGCAUAAGCUUGUAUAUUAUCAAAGCAUUUUAAGCAAUGUCUUCAGCCUCUUGAGAAAUUAAAGUCUAUGAAAUUAGUUAUCCUACCAUCAAUCCACCAUGUAUAUUGAAAAUGAUUGUAUAAUGAGAUUUAUUUUAAACUUUUAUCGGCUA